AAAAUAGCCUGACCUUCUUCAAGAUUCCUGACCUUAUCAGUUGGUUAAUUUUGGCUGCUGUGCAGCUUGUUUUAUCCGCAAGGGUCGGGAAGUUGCAGUAGAUGUAGCUGUCGAUGAUGCCUGUCCUUUGAUAAUCUGGAUUAAUAUUUUUCACUGAAAGUGAUCCUCGGGAAUCCUAAAGCAUCGUUUCCUGCAUGUAAAGGGCACCUUAAAUACGGGGAGCAAAAAUGGUCCACGGCAAACAGACAAGAGUCAUGCUACUCAAUGACAUGGAGAAACUCGAGAGGACUCUGUUUCGACUGGAGCAAGGCUACGAGCUCCAAUUUCGGCUGGGCCCCACUCUCCAGGGGAAAAAUGUGCAUGUUCACGUCAACUACCCGGCAGAAGGAGCAAAGUUUGACCGCCACAAGUUCCGUGCUUUGGAAUGGGUGAAUCCCACUGGGAGAGAGGAUGACUCUGACAAGUUCUGUAAACUCGAAUUGAAGACUGCAGGGUCAUAUCAGUAUUAUUUUGGCUGUGGGAAUGAAGAGAAGACUGGUGGUGGCUACAUUGUAGUGGAUCCAAUUCUUCGUGUGGGUGCUGAUGAUCAUGUUCUCCCUCUGGACUGCAUCAGCAUUCAGACCUACUUAGCCAAGUGUCUUGGCCCUUUGGACGAAUGGGAGGACAGGCUCAGAGUGGCCAAGGAGUCUGGGUAUAACAUGAUUCACUUCACGCCCCUGCAGACGCUAGGCUUGUCACGUUCAUGCUACUCUUUGGCGGAUCAGUUGCAGCUGAAUCCAGACUUCUCUCCUCCUGGGAAGAAGUUCACCUGGGCAGAUGCUGGCAACCUGGUGGAAAAGCUCAGGAAAGAGUGGAAUAUGGCCUGCAUCACUGACGUGGUUUAUAAUCACACAGCUGCUAACAGUAAGUGGAUUCGGGAGCAUCCUGAGUGUGGUUACAACCUUGUGAACUCCCCUCACCUCAAGCCUGCCUGGGUGCUGGACAGGGCCAUAUGGCACCUUACCUGCAACGCUGCCGAUGGGAAAUACAAGGACCGCGGCUUGCCUGGUGUCCUUCAGAAUGAACAGCAUCUGAACACAAUCCGUGGAAUCAUUUGGCAGGAUGUCUUCCCCAAGAUUAAACUGUGGGAGUUCUUCCAAGUUAAUGUGGAAAAAAUUGUAGCGGAGUUUAAGAAGCUGCUUGAAACCGGCAGCAAAGCGGCAACGAGUAAGAAAGAGGGAAAGGAACAUCUGAAGAUUAUCCCGGACCCUGAGUACAAGCGCUUCGGCAGCACUGUGGACAUGACCACGGCCCUUCAGACUUUUAUUCCUCAUGGCAAUAGCCCUUCUGCUAUUGAGGAAUGUUGCAGCUGGCUCAGGAAAAGACUGGAGGAGCUGAAUGCUGAGUGCUACAAGCUGACUCAUUGCCACCAGGAGCAGGCUGUAAGCUGCAUUGUUGGAAACCUUGUUUAUGAGCGCCUGGCUGACCAUGGGCCCAAGUUGGGCCCCAUCACUCGGAAAAAUCCCAUCGUCACAAGGUAUUUCACCUUCCCUUUUGAGGAGAUGACCCUGGACCAGGACCUGCAGCUGAUGCACAAGGCAGACAAAGCUUGCCACUUCCUGGCCCACAACGGCUGGGUGAUGGGGGACGAUCCCCUGAGGAAUUUCGCUGAGCCAGGGUCCAAUGUCUACCUCAGAAGAGAGCUGAUUUGCUGGGGGGACAGCGUCAAGCUUCGCUAUGGCAACAAGCCGGAGGACUGCCCUUACUUGUGGGCUCACAUGAAGAAGUACACAGAGCUGACGGCCAAGCACUUCUGCGGAGUGCGUCUGGAUAACUGCCAUUCCACCCCGCUCCAUGUGGCGGAGUACUUGCUGGAGAUUGCCCGAACAGUAAGGCCUGAUCUGUACGUAGUGGCUGAGCUGUUCACAGGAAGCGCGGAUCUGGACAAUGUCUUUGUGACUAGGCUUGGUAUAACCUCCCUCAUCAGAGAGGCUAUGAGUGCUGGUGACAGCCACGAGGAGGGCAGGUUGGUGUAUCGCUUUGGGGGCGAGCCCGUGGGAGCCUUUGUCCAGCCCAGUCUCAGGCCCUUAGUGCCCUCUAUCGCUCAUGCUAUGUUCCUGGAUGUUACCCAUGACAACGAGUGCCCUAUUCAGACCCGUUCGGCCUGCGACGCCCUCCCCAGCGCGGCGAUAGUCUCCAUGGCCUCCUGUGCCACCGGCAGCACCAGAGGCUAUGAUGAACUGGUACCUCACCAGAUCUCGGUGGUGAAAGAGGAACGCUUCUACCCUAAGUGGAACCCCGAGGCCAAGCCCACGUCUGCGGGGGAGGUGAAUCUGCAGAGCGGCAUCAUCUCCGGGAAAAGGGCUCUCAACAACCUGCACCAGGAGCUAGCAGCCAAGGGCUUCAUCCAGGUUUACGUGGAUCAGGUGGAUGAGGACAUCGUCGCGGUGACCAGGCACUGCCCCAGCACCCACCAGUCUGUGGUGACCGUGUCCCGCACAGCCUUCCGAAACCCCAAGAACCACCAGUACAGAGACAACGUGCCACCCAUGUUUAUCCCAGGUAAAAUUGAGGAGGUGGUGCUAGAGGCGAGGACAAUCGAAAGAAAAGCCGGUCCAUACAAGGAGGACAAGAAGAGCAUUAACGGCCUGCCCGAGUACUCUGUUGAGAUUAGAGAACACAUCCAGCUGAAAGACAGCAGGAUAGUGAAGCAGGCGGAGGUGAAGUCAAAGGGUCGCAGUGAGUUCGUGCAGGAGAUUGUGUUUGAGCGGCUGACCCCAGGGAGUGUGAUUGCCUUUAGGGUGAGCUUGGACCCCAAAUCCCAGGAGAUGGUGGGCUUGCUCCGAAACCACCUCAUCCAGUUUAGUCCCCGAUUCAAACAUGGCAGCCUGGCUGAUGACAAGGCCCCAACUAUACUGAAAACUCCAAUCACGGCCAUCAUGUCCAAGCUAACCCUAGCUGACAUGAACAUUCUGCUGUUUCGCUGUGAUGCUGAAGAACAAGAGGAUGGUGGGGGGUGUUACAGUAUCCCAUCUUGGAUGCCUCUGAAAUACGGUGGCUUUCAAGGUAUAAUGUCGGUUAUGGCAGAUAUUCGUUCCAAAAACGAUUUGGGGCACCCCUUCUGUGACAAUCUGAGACAAGGGGACUGGAUGAUCGACUAUGUGAGCAAUCGUUUGGUGUCCCGCGGGGGUGCUCUGGGAGAGGUGGGAAUGUGGCUGCAGGCCAUGUUUGGCUACCUCAAGCAUAUCCCACGCUAUCUUAUCCCUUGUUACUUUGACGCAAUCAUGGUUGGGGCGUACACCACUGCUUUGGACGCUACUUUCAAACGGAUGUCAAGUUUUGUGCAGAACGGCUCCACCUUCGUGAAGCUGCUGGCCCUUGGCUCAGUGCAGAUGUGUGGUGUGGGCCGUUUCCCUGCGCUGCCCCCUUUGUCCCCCGCCCUGCAGGAUGUCCCGCACCGCCUCAGUAAGGUCACCAACAAGGAGGAGCAAUGCUGCGUGUCCCUGGCUGCAGGGUUGCCUCAUUUUUCCUCUGGAAUCUUCCGCUGCUGGGGCCGGGACACCUUCAUUGCCCUGCGUGGCCUGAUGCUGGUCACUGGAAGGCAUUUGGAGGCCAGGAACAUCAUCCUGGCCUUCGCUGGAACCCUGAGACAUGGCCUGAUUCCAAACCUGUUGGGCGAGGGCAUUUGUGCACGGUUCAACUGCAGGGACGCCGUGUGGUGGUGGCUGCAGUGCAUCCAGGACUACUGCAACAUGGUGCCCAAUGGCACCGACAUCCUCCAGUGCCUUGUGUCCAGGAUGUACUCAACGGACGACUCCAAGCCCCUGCCAGCCGGGACUGUGGACCAGCCCCUUUAUGAUGUCAUCCACGAGGCCAUGCAGCGCCACAUGCAGGGAAUAGAAUACCGGGAGCGGAAUGCAGGACCCCAGAUUGACCGCAACAUGAGGGAUGAGGGCUUCAAUGUGGAGGCUAAAGUAAAUCCAGACACUGGAUUUGUAUAUGGUGGCAAUCGCUUCAACUGCGGCACAUGGAUGGACAAAAUGGGGGAAAGUGAGAGAGCUCGCAAUAAAGGAAUUCCAGCUACACCCAGGGACGGCUCGGCUGUGGAGAUUGUCGGUCUCAGUAAGUCCACUGUGCGUUGGCUGUGUGAGCUUCACAAGAAGGGACUGUUCCCCUAUGCGGCCCUCACCAUCCAGAGAGGAGGAAAACAGCUUUCAGUGUCCUAUGAAGAUUGGAACCGAAAGAUACAGAGCAAUUUCGAGAAGCUGUUCUACGUGUCACAUGACCCAAAAGACCCCAAUGAGAAACACCCUGACCUGGUGCACAAAAGGGGGAUUUACAAGGACAGUUUUGGGGCCUCUAGUCCCUGGUGUGAUUAUCAGCUAAGGGCCAACUUCCCCAUCGCCAUGGUGGUGGCCCCAGAGCUGUUCACGGUUCAGAGAGCGUGGGAAGCCCUGGAGAUCGUGGAAAAGAAGCUGCUGGGGCCUCUGGGAAUGAAAACCUUGGAUCCAGAUGAUAUGGUAUACUGUGGUGUCUACGACAAUGCUCUGGAUAAUGACAACUACAAUGUAGCUAAAGGCUUUAACUACCACCAAGGACCUGAAUGGCUUUGGCCUGUUGGUUACUUCCUGCGUGCCAAAAUGUACUUUGCCAAGAAAAUGGGGAAGGAGACGUAUGAGAAAACUGUUUAUCUUGUGAAGAAUGUUCUCUCUCGACACUACGUCCAUCUGGAGAGAUCAUCCUGGAAGGGGCUUCCAGAACUAACCAAUGAAAAUGGUCAGUAUUGCCCCUUCAGCUGCGAAUCCCAGGCCUGGUCAAUCGCCACUAUCCUGGAGGUGCUCCACGAUCUAUAAAUGCUUGCUUGCCUUCCGCUGAAACGCACCCUGCCCUCACGUUAGUCUUCCUGCCUGAGUGUCUCCCUGAAGCUCAUUUAGCUGAGUAUUUUGUUAUUUUUCCCUUUUCUCCUAACAUUUCUCCACUGUCCUAGUUUCAAGCAGUAAAUUCCAGCGUUUGUUGUGCUAAGGAAGAAGAUCCAUAGAUUGCAGUGAAUUUUAGGUAUGGCCUCACUAAGUAUGAUUUUUCACAGUAAUUUCAGUUUGACUUGAAAGGGUGAGUACUGUAAUUAGUUUUCACCCACUGUCUUGUGGAAUGCUUUCAGAAACAGCAUCUCUGGAACAACCAAUGUUACUUGUGGAUGUCUGUUGUUUAGAGUAUUUUACCAAUUACCUGUGUACUGUAUACGAGUCAUAAAUGUCAUUUUAUUUAAAAAAAAUAAUUUAAAUGGAAAUAAAUAUAUAUCUAAUUGGUUAAACAAUGCACUGUGCCCUAUGUUAGAGUUCUGCACAUUUGUGGUUUACACAUUAGAAUUGCUGCUAAAAGUGGUGCUCAUUGUGAUAUUUACAGGAUUAUAUAAACAAACAGCUUUGCCAACCAUGA